UACCGCUACGAUUGUUUCUCGCCUGUGAUGAGACAAGAACAAAUAGUGUUGAUUAUCUUUGUUUAACUAACGUCGUGGACAUUACUUCUUUAUCCACUGAGACAAUUCGUGUAUAUUGACUACGUAGUUUAUGUGCACGGUUGGUUAGAGGAGCUGUAACCAUUCAGCUGAAAUCGGGAUUAGCUAAAACCGGCCCAUAACCCUUCUCCUUCUUCUUUCUGCUCUGAGCAAGGCGGCUCUCAGAUUUAUUUACAUACACUGGCGUAACUGGCGGCAAUCGGCGAGUUUAAUUUAAUGGCAUAUGAUAGCGCAAUAAAGGUAAUAUUGUAUUAAGGUUAUUGCCGAAAUAUGGAGGUGCUUAUAAGUUUUAUUGAGGAACAUUUCCUUGGAACGAUUUUAUGUAUGAUGUGGCUAUUGCAAUUAUGGCACUAUUAUUUGGACUGGCGUCAAAGAACAUUGAUACAGAGGUUAGUUGAUUUUCCAAAAUCAGUUGAAGGUAUAAUGACCAAAGAUACAUAUGACAAGGCUCGUGCAUAUGCAUUAGAUAAGAAUAGCUUUGAUAUUGUUGCAAACAUACAUUCGGAUAUUUUGAAUGUGAUAAUUUUGUUAACUUAUGGACCUUAUCAUGUUUGGCAAUGGAGCAUUUAUGUAGCCAAAUAUUGUGGUAUCGAUCAUGAGAAUACGAUAUUAUUAAGUCCCAUAUUCGUAUUUACUAUGAAUUUUAUUCUUAAAGUGCUUAAUCUUCCAUUAACGAUAUAUCAUGUUUUUGUUUUGGAGGAAAAGUAUGGCUUUAAUAAACAGACAGCUGGAUUUUUCAUUAAAGAUACAAUUAAACAAUUUAUUGUGUAUGAAAUGAUUGUGUCCCCUCUGCUAUGCCUCAUGUUAUGGAUUAUUCAGAAUGGUGGUGAUUACUUCUACUUUUACUUAUGGAUAAUGAUAAUAGUGGUCUCAUUACUUGUGAUGAUCAUAUAUCCAGAAUUGAUUGCACCACUAUUUGACAAGUACACGCCAUUACCUGAUGGCGAGUUGAAACAAAAGAUUGAGGAAUUAGCAGCCUCUUUAAAGUUUCCUUUACAAAAACUGUUUAUAGUUGAAGGCUCUAUGAGGUCAACACAUAGCAAUGCUUACAUGUACGGUUUCCAUAAACAUAAGAGAAUUGUUCUCUUUGAUACACUUAUUAAAGGAUAUUGCAAGAAAAAUGACAGUGAUGCUGACAAGGACAAAGACAAGGAUAAGGAUAAGGACAAGGACAAAGACAAGGAUAAGGAUAAGGACAAGGACAAAGACAAAGGUUGUGAAACAAAUGAGAUACUGGCAGUAUUGGCACAUGAAUUGGGUCAUUGGAAACACAAUCACACUUUGAAGAGAUUCAUAUUCGGACAGAUAUUUGUUGCAAUUGAUAUCUUAAUAUUUGCAAAACUUAUGCAAUAUACUCCAAUGUAUAGAGCUUUUGGAUUUGUUGACUCUCAACCUAUCUUAAUUGGCUUUAUUAUAGUAAUGACAUAUAUUAUGAUACCAUUGAAUACAAUUCUGUAUUUUAUUAGUGUGGUGAUCCAGCGAAAAUUCGAAUUCCAAGCGGAUAAAUUCGCCACGACAUUAGGUCAUGGUCAAGAUCUAAAAACGUCUUUGUUAAAAUUACAGGAAGAUAAUUUAGAAUUUCCUCUAUACGACAAGUUGUAUUCAAGUUGGCAUCACUCUCAUCCAUCUGUUAUUGAGCGAUUAGAAGCGAUAAGUGAAACGAUACGUAAAACAAACUAAAAAAUUACUCAUAAUUCUCAAAAUAUAAGAGAUGAUAUAGUCUAAAAUUUAUAAAUACGAACUAAUAUAAGCUGUAAUUUGAAUAAUUUUAUGUUAUUUUUUCUUUCUUAUUUUAAACUUAAUUUACUGUUCAGCUGGAAUGAAUCGGAUACAUUGACAUCAGAUAAAUAUGCUUCCUAUAUAACGGGUGAUAUUAUGACCUCAUGGUCUAAUAUAUAUAUAUAUAUAUAUAUAUCUGUUGUUAUUUUUAGAUUUAUAUCAAUCUCUUAUAUCUUAUUCUAUAUCUUAUUCUAAUCAUAUAAAAAUAGGUUUAUAUGAUUUAUAGAUUCUAACAGGAUUUUGGCAUUUAAUUUUUGUCUAUAUUAUAUGUUUUACUACAUUUUUAUGUAUUUAACAUUUUUUCUUUUUUUGCAAAAUAAUCAAGUGAAUCAAGACAAUCUAGUAAUAUUUAUGCAAAUAUCUUUUAGAAAUACUUUAUGCUUCCUCUGCAAACAAUAACUAUUUUAUUUCAUUAAAAAAUAGUUUAAUUAUAUCCGUAGAUAUUAAUUAUUUUUUUAUAUUUCCAGUAAGUUUUGUUGUAUCUUCUACAUUUUACAGAGCAUUUGUUAGUACUUGUGUGCUUUACUAUCAAUCAUGUUAUCACUUGUCAGACAUGCAUUACAGGUUCUAAAAGUUACUGUAUAUGUCGUACCUAUUCUGGUAUAAUAAAUACAAAUACAUACACACACACACACAUAUAUAUAUGUACGUAUAUGUAUAUAUAUACACAUAUUAAUGCAUAAUAAAUACAAAUUGUGAAAAGUUUU